AGCAGUAGAAAGAAAGGAAAAGCCGAAAGGGUUUUCUCUCUGACCCUCCCAUCGCUCCCUCUCCCUCUCCUUGCCUCUCUUCCUCUCUCCCCUGUUCACGAAGACACCCAUCUCUCCUUUCUUCUCUCUUUUCUUCGUCUCUCUGCGAGGAGUCGAGGAGUAGUUGUUCUUGGCGGGGAUUGGGGGAGGCCAUGGCAGCGGAGGCCUCAAGAUCCGGGGGGCCUUCGGCCGACUCCUACAUCGGGAGCCUGAUAAGCCUGACCUCCAAGAGCGAGAUCAGAUACGAGGGGAUCCUCUACAACAUUAACACAGAGGAAUCCAGCAUCGGGUUGAGAAACGUACGAUCAUUUGGAACUGAAGGAAGAAAGAAGGACGGCCCACAAAUUCCUGCUAGCGACAAAAUAUACGAGUACAUACUCUUUCGUGGAAGUGAUAUUAAGGAUUUACAGGUCAAGUCCUCACCACCAAUUCAAACUACUCCCAUACACCAUGAUCCUGCUAUUAUUCAGUCACAUUAUUCUCAUCCUGCAUCUACAUCUACAAGUUUGCCAUCUGUUGGAAGUGGAACUGCAGCAGAUCUCAGUUCCCACACUGCUCAGUUGGGACUCCCUAGGCCAACAUUUCAAGGCAGUUUGCCUCUUUAUCAACCUGGGGGAGCCUUAGGGUCAUGGGGCACCUCUCCAACGCCUCCAACUGCAAAUGGGUCUACGCUUGCAAUGCCGCCUAUGUAUUGGCAAGGAUACUAUGCACGAUCAAGUGGGCUUCCUCAUUUGCAACAGCCACCUCUGCUUCGGCCACCACCUGGAUUGCCAAUUCCUCAUUCCAUGCAGCAACCUUUGCAAUAUCCUGGAAUGAAUGCAGCAUUGCCAUCUGUAUCUCCAAAUAUGCCAGAGUUCCCUUCUCCUUUACUGCAACCUGCUAAUAGCACCCUGAAUUUAACCUCAAGUUUAUUGCCCUCAACAGUGGCUCCUACUUCGGCUAGUGCAUUAACUACUGAAACACCAUCCAAUCUGUUGCCAAAUAAAUCUCCUGUAGCCUCUGUUUCUGCAUCAACUCUUGGUGUUAACCUUCCUAUCAUGCCUCCAUUGACUUCUAGCCUCGAGCCUGUUGCAACCAUGUCGCAAAAUAUGCCUUCUGUUGUUAGUAGCAAUCCUAACACUGUUCCUGGUCCAACUGUUGUUUAUCAGACUAUAUCUCAGUCAUUGCCUCUAAUUGUCGGUUCAUCUAGUUCCAGCCAAGUUGAAACAUUAGUUCCCUUAGUGAUUCCUGGUCAACUGCUGCAGUCUGGCUCUUCAGCACUUACUCCAUCCCAGCCCUUGGAAACAAGCCAUAAAGAUGUAGAGGCUAAACCAGUAGAAGCCAAAAGUAAACCACUGUUACCUGAACCAUCUGCACGUGCUCCAGGAGAAGCCAAGGAGCCGAUACUGCCAUUACCCAAACCCACAGCUCAAAAGACAAAUGGGGCUUCUUCACACACUCAUUACAACUACAGGGGGCGUGGAAGAGGAAGAGGAAAUGGGUAUUUGCGUCCUGUGACUAAGUUUACUGAAGACUUUGAUUUUAUGGCUAUGAAUGAAAAAUUUAAAAAGGAUGAAGUGUGGGGCCAUCUUGGUAAAAGUAAAGCCCAGUUCAGGGACAAGGAUGGAGAACCAAAAGAAAAUGAAGCCGAUGAUACUUUGGGGGAAGAUGAGGCUGAAGCUGUAAAGCUCGAAAUCAAGCCUGUUUAUGUUAAGGACGAUUUCUUUGAUUCACUCUCUUGCACCACACUUGAUCGGGGAACACGAAAUGCGAGGACAAAGUUCUCGGAGCAGUUGAAAAUAGACUCAGAGACUUUCGGCGAUUUUCCACGGCAUCGGCUGACUCGGGGUGGUGGACGAGGUCUUCGUGGUGGUGGUCGUGCACGAGGUUCUUACUAUGGUAGAGGCUAUGGCUACAUGGGUAGGGGCCGAGGUCAUGCCAUGCCAAAUCGUGCCCCUUAGGAAAGAUCAGUGCUGCUAUGAGUGUAGGUGCCAGUGCAAUCUCUUUAGAUGAAAGGGAGAGGAAGAUACUGAUGAAAGGGGCAAUGAUUGUAAUAUGCUCUUAAGUAGCAAUGCCUGCUUCCCUGUGUAUCUCCCUGAAAAUAAACAGGAGCUUAGGACAAAACAUGGGAGGCCUUCUUUUCCAUUUCGCCGAAUUAAUCUUGUUUUGUUAGUCUGGGAUGGACGGAGCUUUUGUGGCGGUGUAGAAUGGUUGCCCUUGCCCUUUUUUAAAAUAUGCAGAAGUUUUCUUCGCUCGCAUCUA